AUGAAGAUGAGGGAACAAAGAAGACAAGAGCAAGAUCGGUAUAUGAAUCAAGAUCUUAGAAAAUUUUCACCAACUCAUCGAGCAUAUUACGAGCUUAAGAAGACAGAGAUCUUGAAAGAUUUGGAGAAUGAAUUUCCUCAUGGGUCUAAUAUAUGUCGUGUAAAUAUAUAUACUAAUGCAUUGAUUUUUGUUUAUAAAACAUUUUCAGGACAUAUGAUGAGCAUAUCACUUGGAUCUACUAAGUUUAGAUCAACUCAUAUGAAUUGGGGCCUUGAAGUACUUGUUAUAAAUGUUCUUUCUUCUGCUUUUCUUUGGUUUGUUUAUUACUCAUUUGGGGAUGAUAGAUAUGUUUCUGUUUGA